GAACUCGAUUCGUCGAUCGCUUUUCGCUCAUCCAAGUCCUCCGCUGGAACUGCUCGCGUCGUCGCGCAGUUCGACAUGGCUGUGGCAGAGCCAAUUCGUCCGGAGCGCGUGCUCGAUCAGCUAGCAGAUGGCUCUGCCUGGUUCGAGUAUGUGGAGACGGAAGAGUGGGACAUUGCGGGCGCUCCCUUCGCUUCCAUUUCCGCCGCUUUUUCCAGCCGGCGGAAGAGACCCACGUCGUUUUUCGCCCGAAUUGCACCACUUGGUGGAGGGCACCACCAUGCAAGUCAUGGAACUUCACCGGCCAUGAAGAAAGUGGAGUAUCAUUCCGUGAGGCGAAUAUCCGGAGAUGGCCGCUGCAUGUUUCGGGCUCUUGUGGUAGGGAUGGCUACAAACAAGGGUCAAAAUUUAAGCUACAUGGAAGAAGAACAAGAAGCAGAUCAAUUACGUCUUGCUGUAAUGGAUGCGAUCUGUACGCCUGAUCAGCGAAGUCACAUCUACGAGGAGGCAUUGAUUGCCAUCACAGUUGAAGAAUCACUAAAGAGAUAUUGCCAAAGGAUACCUAGUCCAAGUUUCUGGGGAGGUGAAUCCGAGCUUUUGGUUCUUUCCAAAAUGUGUUGCCAACCAAUCAUCGUCUAUAUUCCUGAAUCUGAGGCAAAGAAUCGGGGAUAUCGAGGAGGCGGUGGGUACAUUCCUAUUGCUGAAUAUGGAAGUGAUUACAAGAAACCAGGGAAGGAUAGAAAGGCACGGAAGCCUGUCAGAUUACUCUAUUCAGGUAGUAACCAUUAUGAUCUCCUAAUAUGAUCUACCUAUGUCUUACUUCUACGAUGCACACAUACGUAAAUCACAUAUUUUUGAGAAUUCUCGGAUACAAGUUCAUUGUUAUUCGUCCCUAUGUGGAAAUGCUGUGUUUCACGGAUGGGCUGGGAUGGAGUAGGCCCGAGAUUUAGCGCUCCACAGCCUAAAGUUUACGCUCUUAACAAGAGAUAUGAAGCGCUUUUGACUUUUC